AAUAUGACAUCGAACAACGGAAAUAAGAACGUCAUCUCUUAACAAAUAAACCAUAUCAAGUGCAGUGGAAAACAAUGUUUACUUUGUGGACUCUUAUAGAAGCGUCUCUAUUGUGUUUAAAUGCAGUCUGCGUGUUGCAUGAGGAACGCUUUUUAGCCAAGUUCGGUUGGGGAGCGCGGCCUCAAGCAAAUGAAUUUGGUGACCCUUCGGCAAAGGCACAAAUGCUGAAUUUAAUACGUUCCAUACGAACUGUUGCUAAAAUUCCCCUCAUAUUCUUAAACAUUCUAGCAAUACUUUUCAAGCUUAUACUAGGCUAAUGAUUUUUGUAAUUUAAUUGUUAAUAAUUAAGCAAUAAAAUGUUUUUUAAAUUUUGUUA